AGAGACUGAAGACCAGUCUGGAGACACUUCUGAUCCUGAGACUGAUGACAGUGCUGAUUGGAAGGAGACCAGAGAACCUCAGUCAGCUUUAAACUCUUUGAAAGAUGAGGAUGUUCCUGUCUGUGAUGAGAGACCUAAAACUGACAAGAAAGCCUUCAGCUGCUCUGAGUGUGAGAAAACAUAUGACUUUAGGUCCCAUCUGAAGAGACACAUGAUGACUCAUACAGGAGUCAAACCUUUCAGCUGCUCUGAGUGCGGAAAACAUUUUACAGAAAGUGGAACUUUAACGACACACAUGAGAACUCAUUCAGGAGAGAGACCUUUUAGCUGCUCAGUCUGUAAGAAAUCUUUUAUACAGAGUGGAGGUUUCCGGGCACACAUGAGAAUCCACACGGGUGAGAAGCCUUUUAGCUGCUUGGAGUGUGACAAAACAUUUAGCCGCAAUAAACUUCUGAAGAUGCACGUGAUGACUCAUACAGGAGAGAGACCUUUCAGCUGCUCAGUCUGUAAGAAAUCCUUUACACAAAAUGGGAAUUUAAGAAUACAUAUGACCAUCCACACAGGACAGAGGCCAUAUAGCUGCUCAUUCUGUGAGAGAGCUUUCACAGCAAGAGGAGGUUUGGAGAAACACAUGAGAAUCCACACAGGAGAGAGGCCGUUUACCUGCUCCGUCUGUAAUAAAACCUUUAUAGAUAAAGGAACUUUAAAUAGACACAUGAGAGUCCACAAGGGACAAAAACAGUCUACUUCCUGUGUUAUUGUCGUAAAAAAGCAGCAGGACUGUAGCUCCAGUGUGGAUCUGGAAGAGCCCCUCCCACACAUUAAAGAGGAACAGCAGGAACAGUGGAGCAUUCAGGAGGGAGAACCAGAGGCUAAUGACAGUGCUGAUGGGAAGGAGACCAGAGAACCUCAGUCAGCUUUAAACUCUCUGAAACAUGAUACGAGACGCAAGAAAACCUUCAGCUGCUCCGAGUGUGGGAGAAGAUUUGGCACCAGGGGAGGUCUGAAGAGACACAUGAGAACUCACACAGGAGAGAAGCCUUUCAGCUGCUCUGAGUGCGGGAAAUGUUUUACAGAAAGUGGAACUUUACAGGGACACAUGAGAACUCAUACAGGAGAGAAGCCUUUUAGCUGCCCAGUCUGCAAAAAAUCUUUUAUACAGAGUGGAAAUUUACGGGCACACAUGACAAUCCACACGGGUGAGAAGCCUUUUAGCUGCUCGGAGUGUCACAAAAAAUUUAGCUGCAAUAAACUUCUAAAGAUGCAUAUGAACACUCACACAGGAGAAAAACGUUUCAGUUGCUCAGUCUGUAAGAAGACUUUUAGACAAAGUAGAAAUUUACAGAUACACAUGACCAUCCACACAGGACAGAGGCCAUUUAGCUGCUCAUUCUGUGAGAGAGCUUUCACAGCGAGAGGAAGUUUGGAGAAACACAUGAGAAUCCACACAGGAGAGAGGCCGUUUACCUGCUCCGUCUGUAAUAAAACCUUUAUAGAUAAAGGAACUUUAAAUAGACAUAUGAGAGUCCACAAGGGACAAGAUCGAUAUAAUUCCUGUGUUAGUGACGUAAUAAAGCAGCGGCAGUGUAGCUCCAGUGUGGACCAGGAGGAGCCAGAGCCCCCCCCGAACAUUAAAGAAGAAGAGCAGGAACUGUGGAGCAGUCAGGAGGGCGAACCUGAGGCCGAUGACUAUGGUGAUUUGAAGGAGACCAGAGAACCUCAGUCAGCUUUAAACUCUCUGAAACAUGAAGACGUCUCUGUCAGCAAAUCAAGAUGUGAUGUUCAGCAGCUGUUGGUGGUUAAAGAAGAGGUUCCCCCUGAGCAGCAGGAGUGUAGCUCCAGCGUGGACCAGGAGGAGCCAGAGCCCCCCCCACACAUGGAGGAGGAACAGGAGGAACUUUGUAGCAGUCAGGAGGGAGAGCAGCUUCAAGGGCUGGAGGAGGCUGAUAUCACCAAGUUCCCAUUCACUCCUGUCCCUGUGAAGAGUGAAGAUGAUGAAGAGGAAGCUCAGUCCUCACAGCUUCAUCAAAGACAAACUCAACACAUGGAAACAGAAGCUGAAGACCAGAUUGGAGACUCUUUGGAACCAGAGGCUGAUGACAGUGCCGAUUGGAAGGAGACCAGAAAACCUCAGUCAGCUUUAAAUUCUCUAAAAAAUACUGAAGUCCCGGUAAGUCGUACGAUGUAAGAAAACAUUUAGCUGCUGUGAGUGUGGGAAAAGAUUUGGCCGCAAGACACGCCUAAAUAGACACAUGAAAUGUCAUACAGGAGAA